ACUCAGCAGCCGUGUUCUGGUUCUUCCCUAUACAGACAGUAAUCCAACUUGGUUUUAGUUACUUUUUUGUUAUUCCUGUCGCUCAGUCUGUUACUCCCAUCCCAGCCAAUCGAUUGGGGAGGCGUUCAAGAGCGCACAGCUUAGGUCACCGUCAGAGAAUCGCGAAGCAUAGUCACCAUUAGUGUGGAAAUACAUAACGUAGACAACCAUUUUAACGGCGAAGAGUUGAAAAAAAAAGGCUGCACUGAAAGAAAACAAAAAAAAACUGGAAUUCGACGAAGACUGAACUGCUGCUGCAAACUAAACGACGAAGUGAAAAUAAAUGUUUCGCACGAACGGAUAGAAGGUUAAGGAUUGUCAGCAGCUCCAACCUCGCAUACUUACACCGCCAAGCUCCUUUAUGGUUAGUUCGAUUUUGUUGGCAAGCUUGAAAUUUUGGAUGUCCAAGUAGAAGCGGUGAUAUAUCAAGGGUCGUGGGCCUUUCACGAGUUUUACUUUGUCUGCAAAAGAGAGUAAAAAUGUCUUCCACAAUAUCCACCCUUCACACCUACGAUACGGAAUAUUCCGCUGAUUCCGUAGAAUGGUGUCCGCACACACCGACUCAGCAUCUGUUUGUCUGCGGGACUUACCAACUGGACAAAGAAGACCAAGUAAGAACGGCCCGAAAAGGGCGAGUUUUACUCUUUAGUUACCGCAAAGCCACCAACUCCCUCGCACUCGAGCAGACUAUUGAAACGGCGGCCGUUCUAGAUCAGAAAUGGCACCCCGCCAGUCCGGUGCUGGCCAUCGUCAACGCCAGUGGGCAGAUAAUGACGUACAAUUUAUCACCGGAUGGUGACAAGCUGAUACCAACGCACACGCUGACGAUUCAGAAGGAAGGUGGAGAGGAACAAUUGGCCCUUUCAAUAGAUUGGACCACUCGAGGAGACAUAGCGGCAGUUAGCGAUUCCAAAGGUGGUCUAUCCAUUGUGGACUUUGAUGAACGAGGACUACAUCAACGGCUGCGAGUGAAAGCUCAUUCGUUUGAAGCGUGGACGUGUGCCUUUGACCGAACGGAUGAACACAUAAUUUACACAGGGGGAGAUGAUACCUUACUGAACAUCUACGAUAUCCGCUGUUUCGAUGUUCCAGUUAUGAAAAAUAAAUGUCAUGACGCCGGUGUGACUUCAUUGCUUUCUAUGCGGCAUAAGGAAAAUCUGCUGGCUACGGGAAGUUACGACGAUCAUUUGCGAAUCUUCGACCGACGAUCCAUGAAGUCACCCAUCAGUCGAACCAAUCUAGGUGGCGGUGUUUGGAGGCUGAAACCGAACCCGCACAGACCCGAUUCUAUACUGUGCGCUUGUAUGUACCACAAUUUCAGCGUCGUAAACCUCAACGAGGAUCAUAGUAUUACUGUGGAGUCGGAAUAUUUCGAACAUGACAGCAUUUGCUAUGGUUGCGACUGGAGUUAUGCUUCGGAUAAUUCGGAAAGAGACUACUAUUUUGCAUCCUGCUCGUUCUAUGACCAUAAGUUGUGCCUGGCUAAAAUGAAUUGCGACAAUAAAGAGUAGUUUUUUCCCAGA